UUUUCUCCAAUCCAUCUCGCAUCAUCACUUGUCGUCCAGCCCAUACCACCUGACCUAGUCUUUCUCGUCUCCCGCAAGCUCACCGUGGCUUCGCAUGACUCCUCCGACGCGGAGGAACCGGAGUAUCUACCAUACCCAGCAACUAAGCUCAUCGUCGCCCAGUACUGCCACUGCUCGCGAGACCCUCCGUUCUGGGGCUACCUCAUCGUCGGCACCUUUUACGACCGCCACAACAACGUCGUCUGGAGCACCGAGAUCUUUGCCUUCCAGCCCGACACACGCCGCAGCCGAGACGCUCCAUCGGACGCAUCGUCCGAGUCGGGGAUUGCCGAAUCAACUAUCGACGGAGACCUAGCAGAUCAAUUUGGUCGCAGUCUCAACCUCGCCCGAAGCAACACCAGCAUUACAAGCGCAGCAUACGGCCCAUCAUCCCCUUCACACCAUCUCGACGCCACACAACUCUGGGACCCGUCACUCGUAGGUCCCGUCCCCGGCCACUGGGUCACGCAUUACGACUACCGAAUCGGCAACUGGGUAAACACCUGGCAACCAGAUCGGCCGUCUCACCUCUGA